CACACCGCCGCCACCGACGGCAGCAGUUCUUCGCCGACACGUCUCCGGCGCUGUCUGCAAGCUACGCAUCUCGUCGCCACAUCGUCUGCACCAGUUUUCUGUGAUUUUUAUCAAUUCAUUAUCACAUUGUUUUAGUAUAAUAUAUUAUAAUUCGCCUAUCCGCCAAUUCCACUGUAUUAUAACAUCCGGACGUCGGGGCUGCAGGUCUGCUGCAGGUUACCGACCUGACCCCCCAUUGUCGCUCUGACAGCCAGAUCGCCGACCGGCCGCCACAGUUUCCGUUGUAUUAUAACUUACACUCAGACUAGGUGAAUAUAAUAUUGUAUAUUUAUAUCGAAUCGUCCGUGCCCGAACGAUAUCCCGCCGACGACGCGGACGUCGCAGCGGCAGCAAUCACCACGACGAGCCGACGACAUGAGAUGCAGUUGGCCGCCAGACGGAUCCGAUGGAUGUGUUUGUUGUGCGCGUGCGCGCUGGCCGAUCAACGCGUCAACACCGCGAACAACGACACUGCACAAACAGGGUUGGGAGAACAGUGUUUCCAAGACGACACGUGUCAGUUGCACGACAAGCACGCGGUGUGUGCACAGGUGGACCACAACGCAAUAUGCAAGUGCAAACAGGGCUACCACAUUGUUACCGUUUCCAGGCCUACCAACGCCAGGAGCAGUUUUUGCGCCCAAGACGAUUCGGACGGCAAAGCUGGCGGUUCGUCGCUGCUCGGCGUCGUGGUCGGCCUGCUAGUGUUCUCGGCGCUCAUCUGUUUCGGGCUGCGCCUGUCCACGGCCUCCAGACCCCGGCAUUUCCCGACCACCAACUUAUAUCCGAACAAGCUGCUGUGCUCACGUCAAACUAGUAGGUCGCCUCCUAUCGAUUUUUGGCGUGACGUGUGUGUGUGUGUGUGUGUGUGUGUGUGUGUGUGUAGGUGUGUGUGGGUGUGUGUGAGUGUAUUUUUGCGCGCGCAUCGGUCGAUGAUGUGGGAGGGGGUAGUCGAUGUUCCUCCUCCACUGACGGGAAAACUCGAGGGAGGGGAUCACUCGGUCGAAAAGGGACCACCUGGUUUUCCCGCUUACCUCUCGUGUAUAUUAUGUAUAUAAUACGAACUACGUACGCAUACAGCAUACAGGGUGGGCCGUGAUGACUCCCCCUUCUCCUACAACAGCCCACGCGUACUUACACUGCUGCUCACUCU